AGUUUAAUAAACAUUUUAUCUAACUAUUGACUCAGAGCCUUUUGACGGUGUGUAACUUUGACAUCACGUGAUAAAAUCUUAUCUAAAAACAAAAUGGCGAAGAUGGGUGUGAGUCCCCUGAUCUUUUUUAUUGUACUUUGGGAUGUCGCUGAUGCCCGGUAUUGCUAUGAAUACUCAUACAACAGUGGCUAUAUAUCCUACUACUGUUCCUACUACGUGUACUUACCAAUUGGUUCUAUCGUGGGGGCUGUAAUUGGUUCUCUGGUAGGCCUAGCCUGUCUGAUUGGAAUCAUCGUAUUCUUCUGCUGCAUCCGACCACGCCGCCUAGCGGCAAGAGGCCAAGUACUGCACGCGCCUGGAACAAAUGUUGCCGUAAUGUCGUCGACAACUGGAGGAGUACAGAUGGGUGGAGGCUAUAUCAACACUGCCGCCUAUCCCCCGGGGACACAGCCCGCGUACCCCCAGUACAAUUAUCCCCCACAGGCUGCGGCACCAAGCGGAUACCAACCUCCUCCCGCUUAUAAAUAAAUUCUCAUGUUAGUGUCACGCUGCCCCCUUCUUUGCCUUAUUGAAAAACACUUGUUAAUGUCACAAUGAUUGUUCGAUAAUAAUCCGCUUUUUAUGAAAACUCAAAGUUUUCGAAAUGCAUAUAUAUAUAUAUAUAUAUAUUUAGAUUAUUGAUUUAUCAAUGAAAUUUUGUUAUUUUGAAUUCAUUAUUUUUUUUCAAAUACUUAAUUUGUGUAUCAACCAUGAGUGAAAAAAGUCCGUUUGUAAUGGAUUUAAAAACAUGAUUUUUCUACCAUAAUGUGUCAUUUAAAGCUAUUGGAAUAACUUUAAAAUAAAUGUGUAUAUUAUUUGUUAGAAUUGAAUUGAUUUAUGAAGGUUUCAUACGGUUAUCGUUCCAUACAUGUUAAAAAAAAUUACUAAUCGGUACAACUUGUACUAUGUUGUUUCCAUCAAUUUUGUGAUAUUUACUUGUAUCAGAUUGUUAAAGAUAAGUUAAAAAUCUUUGAUUUUAAACUUUUAAUGUAACACUGUUUUUCGUUUUAUGGAUUUUUGAGAUGGUUGAGAGUUUGUUAUUGUCAUUUUUUAUCAUAAAAAUUACUGAGAGAUGAAUAUUCUAAUGAAAGUUAAAUGAAAGUUAUUUUUAUUAAAUUAAGCUUCGUAAAGCGAAUAAAGGAAAAUUAGACAA